UGGCGGCGCCCGCCUCCCCGGUGACGUCACGGCCGGAGCUGUCACUAGCCUAUUGGCCUCCUGUGGGAGCACUUCCGGUGACGUGGAGUUAGCCGGGGAGGAAUGAUGGCUGCUACUCGGCGCUCGCUGCUCUUUCUGGCCGCCCUGUGUGUGGCUGUGGCCCCCCGGGUUCUCGCUGCUCCCCGAACCCUAAUCCUACUGGAGAACAUCAACAUCAAGGAGACCCACUCACUGUUCUUCCGCGGCCUCGCCGGUGAGAGAGAGAGACACAGGCACACACACACAGAGAGCGAGACAGGGCCCUGGGGGAGGAGCCAGGCCCCUGGGGGAGAGAGCCCGGACCCCCUGGAGUGGGGGAGAGCCAGGCCCCUGGGGGAGAGCGAGAGGACAGGCCCCAGGGGAGCAGGAGAGAGACAGGUCCCCUGGGGAGAGAGCGAGAGAGAGACAGGCCCCUGGGGGAGAGGCAGAGAGAGAGGACAGGCCCCCUGGGAGAGCGAGAGAGACAGGCCCCUGGGGAGAGGAGAGACAGAGAGAGAGAGAGACAGAAAGACGGGGGGAGAGAGAGAGGGCCCCAGGGGGAGAAAGACAGACAGACGGCCAGUGAGGCCCCCACGGGGAGGGUGACAGGUCCUGUCCAGUGAUGUCCAGCAUCCUACAUGGGGUCUUAUUGCACUUGUUCUAUUGACUCUCACAGCAUCCUCCACCUAGAUGCUUGACAAAGGAGCUUGUACUCUGUGAGAAUCCUGAUGCAGGAGGUAGCCCACCCUAUAGUUGUAGCCCAUGAUGCAUUUACAGCCUUAAGAGACCUUCCUUUUAUCCACCUUGCAGCAGUCCUACAUGGAAGUACCUGGCUAGGAAGCUAUUGAAGCCAAGAACUCACUUCAAUCUUUAUACUCUAUCCAAUAGAAGGGAAUGACCUAUAAAGAGGUGGCCAAUAGUGAAAUAGUCGCUGUAUUAUAUUUUUACGUUCCUUUCCGUAUCUUCUGACCAAUAUUCUGGUAUAUUUUUUUUUUUUUUUUUUUUCAGACAGAGGAUUUGACCUAACCUUCAGAACAGCUGAUGACCCUAGCUUGUCACUCAUAAAAUAUGGAGAGUUUUUGUAUGACAAUCUGAUAAUAUUCUCACCAUCAGUAGAAGGUAAGUACUACUGAUAAAUAUGUACUUCUAGUCCAGGGGUAGGUAACCUAUGGCACAUGUGCCAUGCACGUCAUUCAAGGCUGCUAGAACCAAACAGUAAAAGGAACAGCCCACACACAAACAUACACACACUCCCCACAAACUCAACACCACUAACAAUCCACAUACAUGCACACAACCCCACAUGCAGACUCUCAUAUGCAAUACCCCAAACAGUCCCACACAUACACACUACCAAACACACAAUGUGACAUAUCCAUACACAAGCAGCCCACAAAUUACUUGUGAACAUAUACAAUAUAAUAGCUCAUAUACGCACAAAUACAACGAUACAAAACAACCGCAGUAUAAAUAAUAAGCAGAAUACGGCAACAUACACACUUCUAGAGAGAGAGGAAAAAUAGGACCGGUGUUCUAUCAGUCUGCUAUACUCCGUCACUGUGCUGCACAUGCGUGCUAGCACUCCUGCUACUCCUCCACAGCAAGGUCCUGGAAGGUAAGUAAAACUAGUCUUACACUUUCAUUAUAGUUAGUGUAUUCACUAAACUUAGGACAUGGGACACUUAGGGUUAAUGUUAGGGUUCAAAUUGGGGUUAGGAUUAUGGACUUGUUCAUAUUUAGUGAUAUUUCACAUUAGGGGAAUAUCACUAAAUAGUGCUUUCUCACACUUUAUUUUAACCCUUACCCCAAGGGUUAGGGUAAGAAUAGAGUGUGAGAGAGGUUAGGAGCACUUACCUAAUCCUAAUUUGUACCCUCACUUAACCCUAAAUGUCCCGUGUGCCUAAGCUUAGUGAAUGUACUAACUAUAAUGAAAGUGUAAAACUAGUUUUACUUACCUUCCAGGACCUUGCUGUGGAGGAGUAGCAGGAGUGCUAGCACAUGUGCAGCACAGGAUCCAUCUGAUUCCCCUCCCCGGAAGUGACGGGGGUAUAGCAAUCUGUGGCAGUAUAGCAGACUGAUAGAACACCAGCUUGCUAUGGAACAUCAUAAUCUUAUUUAGGCACAGUGCUGCUAAAAGGUUGCCUACCCCUGUUCUAGUCUAUCUGACAUAGGGUCACUAGGCCAAGUAUAAAGGUAGAGCUGUAGCGUUGAGAAUGCACCCAAUGCAUGUCCGUCACCAUCAGAAACCUUUCUUUGUGUAAUAAUGGCAGACAGGUUCAGUAUCUGUAAAACCAUGUCUUACAUUCUAGCUGUGUGUGCACUUGUUUGUAUAUAGAGCUGUUUAUAUGUAUAGAACCAGUCUUCCAUUUUAUUAACCAUGUAGGGUUUAUUCGCUAAACUCAGAAUUGAAUUAAAAGAAAAACGGCAACAUUUAGACCAAAUAGCGUAUCUGGCAAAAUUCUCUAACUCUAAUAUAGUUCUACAUUAGGUAUUUUUGCCUAAAUUUUGCAAUUCAGAUUUUAAUGUGACAAUUAAGAAUUUGGUGAUUAACCCUUGCAACGUUAAAGGAUCACUAUAGGGUCAGGAACACAAACAUGUAUUCCUGACCCUAUAGUGUUACCACCACCAUCUAGCCCCUCUAGACCCCUCAUGCCUCCAUAAAUAUAGUAAAAAUCUUACUGUAUUCAAGCCUGAAGCUGUAAAUCUGCAUGUUGUUAGACUCAGAAAAACAAGCAGUCUGCUGACACGUUGUAGUCUGAUCCAAUCACAGUGCUUCCCCAUAGGAUUGGCUGAAACUGUCAAAGAGGCAGAUCAGGGGCAGAGCCAGCAGGAUUCAAACACAGCCCUGGCCAAUCAGCAUCUCCUCAUAAAGAUGAAUUGAAUCAAUGCAUCUCUAGGAGGAAAGUUCAGUGUCUGCAUGCAGAGGGAGGAUACACUGAAUCACAUGAUGCUGUGCACAGUGCUGCACUGUGCUCUGCUGACAGCAGAUCUGAGUGGAUGGAGGCAUAUUAUGCCUCCAUCAACUCCGAAGUCCCUCUGGUUCACUCUGAGUGACUGCAACUGGAGGUGUUCCUAGCUUGUUUUUGGAAUCCCCUAUCUGUAUGUAUUACCUGCACUUCAUCAGGCUCAUUUGUUUUAGGUUUGAAUUGGAUGUGCCUAUCAAAUAUUCUUGACUCCUAUUCACAAAUCAUUUGAUUGAUGUCUGUCUUUUGCUCUAAACAGAUGGUCUUAUUUUAUUAUUUAAAGGACCACUAUAGUGCCAGGAAAACAUACUCGUUUUCCUGGCACUAGAGUGCCCUGAGGGUGCCCCCACCCUCAGGGUCCCACUCCCUCCCGGCUCUGGGGACAGGAAAGGGGUUAAAACUUACCUUUUUCCAGCGCCGGGCGGGGAGCUCUCCUCCUCCGAUCCUCCUCUUCUCCUCCCAUUCGGCUGAAUGCGCACGCAUGGCAAAAGCUGCGCGCGCAUUCAGCCGGUCUCAUAGGAAAGCAUUUACAAUGCUUUUCUAUGGAUGCUUGCGUGCUCUCUCACUGUGAUUUUUCACAGUGAGAAUCCCGCAAGCGCCUCUAGCGGCUGUCAGUGAGACAGCCACUAGAGGAAUUGUAGGAAGGAUUAACCCAUUUACAAACAUAGCAGUUUCUCUGAAACUGCUAUGUUUAUAUAUUUAAAAAAAAAAAAAGGGGUUAAUCCUAGCUGGUAAGAGAAAAGAGCAGUGACUACAGGACUGGAAAAAUCCACUCCUGGAGUCAAAGAAGGACUAAAUGGGCAACUGAAAGGGGAUAACCCAACAGAAACAAUAAUAGAGAAAUUCCCAAAGGUAAGAGUGUAUGGAGAGAAGAACCAGCGUCUAUCUCAUACAAUACACUCAACUGAGGGUGUGCCCAUAAGGAGAGUAUAUAAAGUCCCCUGGUAGGAUAAGGGUAAAAGUAGAAAAUAAAAAAUACUUUAUUGAAAAACAAUAUAGAGAUUAAAUAAAAUGAAUGGGGUCCGGGAUGGGGGGAUGGCUCAUAGUCCGUGAGGUUGUAAUGGUACAAAAAGAAGGUAGCCAGGCAAGUAUGAAUCACUGUAUGGCACUAUUAUAAGCCAAUAAUAGGUAGGAGCUUGUGUAUUUCAAAGUAGCAUGUCAUACUGAAGUCUCUGUGGCGUAGCACAUCUCAAGGAGCUCCUUAAUGAGCCAACAAUAUCUGCACAGAAUGUGAUCAAACUACUAUUAUGGGAAUAACUACCGAUAGCUAGGGUGUAAUUCCCUGGAGUUUGUGACAGGCUGUAAACCCGUUGGACAAAUGGUAAAUAAAUCAAAAUGCUGACUGGCAACAGUGAAGUAAACUGGAAUCUAAGAGGAAUAGAGUCAAAAAGAAAUUCCUCUUAUAUAUGAUGAUACCCAGAUGCCUCAAUUCCUCUGGUUGGUAGUCAGCCCCACAGUUCAAAAGUGAUGGGUUGCUUGCAAGUGCAGAUCAAAUAGCCAUAUUACAAGUAUAUUGCUAAUUUGUAACAAAAUGUUAUCAGGUCUUUAAACAUGGUUAUAUAUGCCCUGAGAUUGUUGUUUCCGAGAGAAAAUAUACAGUGUUACACACAAGGAGAACUAAUUAGACACAAAAUAUCGCUCCGAAGUCUGCCCCUGCUUCCUAGAUAGAAAGAAAAAAACGACUCACCGCCGACAGGCACAUCAUCCCCAAAUACCCGGCCCCAUGCUACCCAGAUCAGAAUAAGAGUAAAAGGAGGAUAGAGACCGUAAAGCUAGCAAAUAUAAGGAGUAUAUCUAGCUGUAAGGAGCUGCUCACUCAGAGUAUACGCCUAGAUAAAAAGACAGGUGAAAAAGUGAAAAAAGUAACUGUCUGGACUCAGCUGUUCGAUCGCUAUGGUAAGCUUUUAAAUCAAGGUGAUAGGAUCGCUAUGCUGAGCUUCCAAAGUCAGACUUAAUACAUGAAAUUAAAGAGUAAACUGACUAGGCUGAAAAUUCUAAGUAGCUUCGCUGUGCUGAGCUUCCAACUCAAAAUAAUAGGAGAUAGGAAAAGAAAAUCCGCCUAGAUUGAAAUCAGAUUAAGUAGGUAAACGUAAUAAGUAAACUGACUAGGCUAAGAUUCUAAAUCACUGGAGAUUUCUUCCUAAAUAGCUUCGCUGUACUGAGCUUCCAACUCAAAGUAAUAGUAGAUAGGAAAAGAAAAUCUGCCUAGAUCGAAGUUAAACUAAGUAGAUAAAAGUAAUAAACUAACUAGGCUAAGAUUCUAAAUCACCGGAGUUGUCAAAAUAACUUAAGAGAAUCCGCCUAGAUCGAAGUCAGACUAAGUAGAUGAAAGUAAUAAGUAAACUGACUAGGCUAAGAUUCUAGAUCACUGGAGAUUUCCAAAUAACUGACGCGCGUUUCGGCGCUAUGUGGCGCCUUUUUCAAAAGCCACAUAGCGCCGAAACGCGCGUCAGUUAUUUGGAAAUCUCCAGUGAUCUAGAAUCUUAGCCUAGUCAGUUUACUUAUUACUUUCAUCUACUUAGUCUGACUUCGAUCUAGGCGGAUUCUCUUAAGUUAUUUUGACAACUCCGGUGAUUUAGAAUCUUAGCCUAGUUAGUUUAUUACUUUUAUCUACUUAGUUUAACUUCGAUCUAGGCAGAUUUUCUUUUCCUAUCUACUAUUACUUUGAGUUGGAAGCUCAGUACAGCGAAGCUAUUUAGGAAGAAAUCUCCAGUGAUUUAGAAUCUUAGCCUAGUCAGUUUACUUAUUACGUUUACCUACUUAAUCUGAUUUCAAUCUAGGCGGAUUUUCUUUUCCUAUCUCCUAUUAUUUUGAGUUGGAAGCUCAGCACAGCGAAGCUACUUAGAAUUUUCAGCCUAGUCAGUUUACUCUUUAAUUUCAUGUAUUAAGUCUGACUUUGGAAGCUCAGCAUAGCGAUCCUAUCACCUUGAUUUAAAAGCUUACCAUAGCGAUCGAACAGCUGAGUCCAGACAGUUACUUUUUUCACUUUUUCACCUGUCUUUUUAUCUAGGCGUAUACUCUGAGUGAGCAGCUCCUUACAGCUAGAUAUACUCCUUAUAUUUGCUAGCUUUACGGUCUCUAUCCUCCUUUUACUCUUAUUCUGAUCUGGGUAGCAUGGGGCCGGGUAUUUGGGGAUGAUGUGCCUGUCGGCGGUGAGUCGUUUUUUUCUUUCUAUCUAGGAAGCAGGGGCAGACUUUGGAGCGAUAUUUUGUGUCUAAUUAGUUCUCCUUGUGUGUAACACUGUAUAUUUUCUCUCGGAAACAACAAUCUCAGGGCAUAUAUAACCAUGUUUAAAGACCUGAUAACAUUUUGUUACAAAUUAGCAAUAUACUUGUAAUAUGGCUAUUUGAUCUGCACUUGCAAGCAACCCAUCACUUUUGAACUGUGGGGCUGACUACCAACCAGAGGAAUUGAGGCAUCUGGGUAUCAUCAUAUAUAAGAGGAAUUUCUUUUUGACUCUAUUCCUCUUAGAUUCCAGUUUACUUCACUGUUGCUAGUCAGCAUUUUGAUUUAUUUACCAUUUGUCCAACGGGUUUACAGCCUGUCACAAACUCCAGGGAAUUACACCCUAGCUAUCGGUAGUUAUUCCCAUAAUAGUAGUUUGAUCACAUUCUGUGCAGAUAUUGUUGGCUCAUUAAGGAGCUCCUUGAGAUGUGCUACGCCACUGAGACUUCAGUAUGACAUGCUACUUUGAAAUACACAAGCUCCUACCUAUUAUUGGCUUAUAAUAGUGCCAUACAGUGAUUCAUACUUGCCUGGCUACCUUCUUUUUGUACCAUUACAACCUCACGGACUAUGAGCCAUCCCCCCAUCCCGGACCCCAUUCAUUUUAUUUAAUCUCUAUAUUGUUUUUCAAUAAAGUAUUUUUUAUUUUCUACUUUUACCCUUAUCCUACCAGGGGACUUUAUAUACUCUCCUUAUGGGCACACCCUCAGUUGAGUGUAUUGUGUGAGAUAGACGCUGGUUCUUCUCUCCAUACACUCUUACCUUUUGGGAAUUUCUCUAUUAUUAAUCCUAGCUGGACCUGGCACCCAGACCACUUCAUUAAGCUGAAGUGGUCUGGGUGCCUAGAGUGGUCCUUUAAUGCCAGUUUUUGGAUGAUUCUUAGACAAAUGAACAGUUGUAUUUUUAUUGUUUACAACAAUAUCUGUCUGGUUAGAAAGUUGGAAGAAAAAAAGAUCAGAAGCUUCAGGUGUGUCCAUAGCCAGGCAAUAAACACAGGCUAAGUCGACUCUGUUGCUUUGUGAAUUCAUGUCUUUCCCUGCGAUCUUCUUUAUCUGGUCUUUAAGCAUUAAAUGUGCUCUGCCAAUACUAUGUGUGUAAACUACUGCAACUAAAGUUAGAUCUUUAUAAUCCAUAUUUUUCUACAAUUUCACAGGGGCUACCUAAGCUGGUCUAGCAGGCAGGAAACAGUAAUGAAUUGGCAGACGUGUAGUUAUACUCCACUUUACACUAAAGCAGGCAGUUAUUGGCUGAGAGCAUCAGCUUAGUGUUCUCUGCCAGUCACUACUUCAAUCCCAUCUAUAAAUUGGUAUGGUGUGAGGUGGAUGCAUAGCCCUGCCUUUGCUAUAUUGCCACUGGAGUCCAGGCAGCUGAGGACUGGGAAUACUAAAUGCUGAGUAAACUGUUUAGUAGUGAUGCAGCACCUGGUGCUCAUGGACUUCAGGCACCAUAACAACGUCAAUCUGUUGAAGUGGUUGAGGUGCUUACAAGUACUCGUGAAAAAUUUCAAUAACCAUUGUUCUCCAAUGGAGCGAGAUGGUUGGUGCUACAAUAUACUAUUUAAAUAAGUCAAUGUAAGUUUGAUCUAACAGUACAUUUUCUGUUCUAGAUUUUGGCGGAAACAUCAAUGUUGAGACGAUCAGUUCCUUUAUUGAUGGAGGUGGGAGUGUUCUGGUGGCUGCCAGCUCAGAUAUUGGUAUGUCAAUGUUUUUGAUAUUUGUGUCUGCAUUUUCUUCCAAUCACUAUUUCAGUUUAGAUUAAAGCCAUUUGGCACAGCACGUGAUGGCAGCCGAAAAUAUAUAAUGAGAAUCGGACAUUUACCGAUGUUUAAAAUGUUUUCUGUAUGUUUCGUAUCUAACUGUUCUGGGAUUUUGUAGCUAUCUAUUCAAUCACCAAUAGAUAUGAUGCAAUUAUGGCUGAGUAUGCUUUCAACGUUCAUGGGUUCUCUAUGUUCUUUAGGGGAUCCUUUGCGGGAAUUGGGCAGUGAAUGUGGUAUUGAAUUUGAUGAAGAAAAAACUGCAGUAAUAGAUCAUCACAACUAUGACAUCUCUGAUCCUGGGCAGGUUAGUGUACAAAAGGACUUUAAUAUAGUGUGUUCUGCAUGUAUAGUAAGAGACCCUUUUAACCCCUUAAGGACCAAACCUCUGGAAUAAAAGGGAAUCAUGACAUGUCAUGUGUCCUUAAGGGGUUAAACACGAUAACUUGAUCUUAUAGCGUGCUCUGCGUGUAUAGUAAGAGACCCUUUUAAACACGAUAAUAACCUGAUCUUAUAGCGUGCUCUGCAUGUAUAGUAAGAGACCCUUUUAACCCCUUAAGGACACAUGACAUGUGCUACAUGUCAUGAUUCCCUUUUAUUCCAGAAGUUUGGUCCUUAAGGGGUUAAACACGAUAAUAACCUGAUCUUCACCCUGUGCAUAUUAACAGCUAGAAAACCUCUAGAUUAGUAGAUAUUAGGAAAAUAAAAUGGCCAAUAAAAUAUUACAUUGUUGCCUGAUAGAUACGAAAUGAACAAAAUUUGCUUCACUGCUGACACUCAUCAAACACAAUCUGUAAACUAUUCAGAAAACAAAUCAUUCCAUAGAUUGUAAGGGAGGCAUAGGAGUUUGUGUUGCUAUAUUUGUCAUGUCUUCCCUUCCUCCACUGCCAAUACCGGAGAGCCAGACAUUCUUUCAUUAUGUCUGCUGAGCGAAGCCCCGCAAUGGUGUCUUUUCCAUAAAUGAUGUAGGACAUUAUUCAUUGAUAUUUGGUGUUGGUCCAUUCCACUGUCCUUUCUCGCCUUGACUACUGUAAUCUGCUUCUCAGUGGUCUUACGUGCUCCCAACUUGUGCCGUUACAGUCCAUAAUGAAUGCGGCGGCUAGGCUCUUCUUCCUGUCUGCCCGCAACUCCCAUGCCUCACCCUUCUGUCAGUCCCUACAUUGGCUUCCUAUAAAAUAUAGAGCUCAAUUUAAAAUUCUGGUUCUUGCUUUCAAAUCUCUACAUAAUGCUGCUCCCACCUAUCUAUCCUUCCUUAUACACAAGUAUGUCCCGUCUAGGCCCUUACGAUCUGCUGAAGACUUACGUCUAUCUUCUGUCCGUACUCCCACCUCUGAUGCUCGCCUUCAAGAUUUCUCGAGGGCUGCACCGUUCCUGUGGAACUCGCUUCCCUCCUCCGUUAGAUGCUCACCCAGUCUCCACUCCUUCAAAAAAUCGUUAAAAACCCACUUCUUCAUAAAAGCGUAUCCAUUAAACUGUUAAUAGCUCCUGACUGAUUCCUCAUCUGCAACUGUCACUAGUCUAAUACUAUCCUUACCUUUUUGUGUCACUAUACCCCACUCCCUCUAGCAUGUAAGCUCAUUGAGCAGGGCCCUCAACCCCUCUGUUCCUGUGUGUCCAACUUGUCUGGUUACAACUACAUGUCUGUUCGUCCACCCAUUUGUAAAGCGCUGCGGAAUUUGACGGUGCUCUAUAAAUAUCAUAAUAAUAAUAAUAUUUCUUCCCCACCCCGUAGUUUCUGAUGUUCUUGUUUCUCCCCUCAGCACACACUAAUUGUGGCUGAUUCAGAAAACCUUCUGAAGGCACCAACCAUCGUGGGAAAGUCUACUUUGAAUCCCAUUCUGUUUCAGGGGGUUGGGUAAGUGUACUAAGAAUUUUAUUUCCAUUAUAAUCGCAGAAAACGUUUACCUAAUGUUGUAAAUAUGUCAUUCUUAUUUUAUUUCUUGUCGUCUCCAGCAUGGUAGCAGAUCCUGAUAAUCCUUUAGUGCUGGACAUUCUCACUGGGUCCUCAACUUCUUACUCGUUUUUCCCUGAUAAACCAGUCACACAGGUAAGUCCUCUGUCGUUGUUCAUCUUUACCACAAAUUUGUAACACUGUAUUGUCGUGUUAUCGCACAGUCCUUUCCCAUCCAGCUUCCUGACCACAUUCCUUCACUCAGCAGUUUCCCUCUUUCUUCAUUGCAGUAUCCGCAUGCUGUGGGAAAAAACACUUUGCUAAUUGCAGGGCUACAGGCCAGAAAUAAUGCUCGUGUUGUGUUCAGUGGAUCAUUGGAUUUCUUCAGUGAUGCUUUCUUUAACUCUGCUGUCCAGAAAGCCAGUCCUGGCUCCACCAGGUAACUUUUUAACCCCUUGUUUGUGUGUUUUUUUUUUUUUUGGUUUUUUUUUCAUGUAUUCAACCACAGAAAAUGUUUCAGACAGGACAGUAUGUAAUUGCAGGGUUUGGGCCAAAUGCCACUGAACUCUGCUCACUUGGAGUGAAUGGUCAUCGGCCGUUAAACCAGAUAUCUCAAUCUUUCACUGUUUGAAAUGCAGAAAGCACAGGCAACAGUUAGUUUUAAAAAACCUACAAAUGAUUUUAACGUGGUUAAGGUUUAUUAUGUACAGGCAGAUUGAAACCUAAAUAGUGUUAUUUGGAAAUUGAAUGAUGAUCCCCUGAUUUUAUUGUUGGUAUUGAACCCACAUCUUGUUUUGUUGUGUAGAUUCUCCAAAACUGGAAACUAUGAGCUAGCUUUAGCUAUGGCCCGCUGGGUGUUUAAAGAGGAGGGAGUCCUGCGGGUUGGCGCUGUUUCCCAUCACCGUGUUGGAGAAGACACUCCCCCCAGUGCUUACACAAUCACCGACCUUGUGGUAAGAAGAAAAUAAAUACAAUUCAGUCUGCAUCCUACAAGCAGAAGCAUUUGUUUUAUCCAGCUGCAUUAUGAAGUGCAGUUUUUACAAUAAUUUGUCUCUUGUCAUCUCUCUGUCUUCUUCCUGAUGGUUUUUAAAGGGUUCUUGGAGCAGGUUUUCACUCUGAUCUGUGCAUUUCCACUAGUUUCACUUCACUGGCCUUUUAUAGUGUUAAAUCUGUUUGUGUGGGUAUCUGUUUGUGAUUAAAAUUAGUUUAACAUGAUUUGUGUUUGUUAAAUACAAUUGUGAUCCCAAACUGCCUAUUACAUAGUAAUGUUGGGUUUGAUUUCUCUCACAGGAAUACAACAUUGUGAUCGAGAAGCUUUCUGAAGGAAAGUGGGUUCCAUUUGAUGGCGAUGAUAUUCAGCUGGAGUUUGUUCGCAUUGAUCCCUUUGUUCGGACUUUCCUGAAGAAAAAUGGUCAGUGCAUGUAUUGGCAUUAUUGCUUCGGCCAGUCACACCUCUGCCUCCUCCCCUUCUAACUACCGUAUGUGUUGUGCAUCCUGAGCAGUGCCCACAUUACCUCUUUGCUAGAUCUUAUUAUUUAAAGGGUUAGGAAUUCAAAGCUAGCACUAUAUUACCCUUUACCCCUGGCACGUAAAGGGUUAAAAAAAAAAAAGGCACUUUAGUCAGUAACCAGAUUUUAGUUGAUGGGUCGCACUCCGCCUUCUCCGAGAUCAUUUAAAUGGGGAACUUACUGCACAUGUGCCUCAAUGCUUUCCUAUGGGGUUUUCACUGACGCUGGAUGUCCUCAUGCAGCACUGUUUAACGGAGUCACUCUGUUAGAAUCCAGGAAGCGCCUCUGGUGGCUGUCUGAUAGACCGUCACAACAGGCAGUUUCUCAAAAUCGUCAGUUUUACAUUGCAGGAAGAGGUGGGAGAUGGAUACUGCACCCAGACCACUUUAAUGUCUCUGACAUAUCUUUCUUCUUGCAGGUGGGAAAUACAGUGUUCAGUUUAAACUACCUGAUGUGUAUGGUGUCUUCCAGUUCAAGGUGGACUAUAACCGACUUGGCUACACGCAUCUGUAUUCAACCACUCAAGUGAGUUUAGUGGAUUUGGGUAUUUUCACUGCUUUACGAGGGGAGAAACGGUCUAUGAAGAUUCAUUACAGCAUUAAAGGGGCAUGUCAGCCAGUGGACUUAAAAAGCUUGUAAAGAUAAUGCACUAUGAAGACACCCAUGUUGUAUUGUCCUCUUGAUUUAUUCCUGCAUUUUUAUUUAAUUUUUAUUUCCUGGGAAUUUAGUCUUACUUUCCAGAAGAUCACAUCCUGCUGCUCCCAGGUAUCCUCUAAUGUAGCUAUAAAUAUAAUCUCAAUGACUGAAAAAGAAACUCUCUCAUUUCUCAUUUAUUAUGUUUUAAUGGAAAGUUCCAAGCACCAUAACUAUAGCCGUUGUAAUGUUUAUAUGGUGCAGGGAGUGUCUUGGUUCCUUCUCAGAGUUGGUAGUCAAGAGUUUAAGAACAUUUUGACUACUUAUCGGAGUUCUAUUGGCUGCUCAACGCCGUCUGCUCCUCUGGAGCGGUCAGCCGACCCCCUCUCCUGAGCCUUGGAGCGUGACUCUGCAACACUGGGCUUAGUUCAGUACAGAAGCUUCCAUCUGAGUUGUAGGCAACAAAGGAUGCACUGUGGAACUUGUCAAUCUAGUCUUAAACAGUUUGACUACUUAUUCUGGGGGGCACCCUGUCCUCCUUAGCACCAUAACUACUACAGCAGUAUUGCUUCUGACAUUUGUGAACUUCCUGUUAAUUAUGAGGAAAUGUUUAUUUGAUUCAACUGACAAAUAUUCUGAAAUGAAGGGCUUGAACAGGAGGUGGAAAUAUGUAUGUACAUGAAUCCAGGUAACUUUAUUUUACUUUGAGUAUUAAAAUGCAUACGGUUUGUCUAUAUGCCUAUUGUGUAUUUUAAUAUUUUAUUUCAUUCGUCCUAUGGGUGGCUAAAUGCACUUGCUGAAACAGACAUCGUAAUUGUUAUAUUUUUUACAAAAUUUCACACUGAUCCUCUUAAGUAUCUACAGUUAACCAGAAGAUCAAGCCUUCCUCGUCUACUUAUUGUGAGUAAUCAUUCUCUAUUCUAAUUGCAGGUGUCUGUACGACCGCUGCAGCACACACAGUAUGAGAGAUUUAUCCCAUCUGCUUUCCCUUACUAUGCCAGUGCGUUCUCCAUGAUGGGCGGCCUCUUCAUAUUCAGCAUCGUUUUCUUACAUAUGAAAGAGAAGGAAAAGUCAGAUUAAGGAGAAGAUUCAUUGCUACGCACUGAGGGACCAGCAAGAGCAUUUAUACAGAGAUCCAACCGGAGGCAGCAGCCGAGCUCCUGGGACAGUGUCAUUCACUGGGUGGAAAAUGGGACAUCAUCUGUGAUUAUUUUUUUUUGGAAGGGUUGUUUUUUUUGUUUUUGUUUUUUUUAAUGUUUGCUCCCUCCCACCCCCCAUCAUUGUUGGAGGUUGUAAAAUGAAAUGGGGCAAAUUGUCUUUAACAGGAAACCAGAAGAUUAGAGCUGAAAUCUUCUCUAGCAAUGAGUAAUAGAAAGUUACUUGAGUUGUUGUUUUUAUUUUUGGACCGUAAUUUGCAUUUGGAGAUUAUUUUUGACAUUUCUAUGAAAUUAAAGUGUUUCCCCCCCAUUUCAGCGGUGUUCAUGUGCUGCAUUGUGUGUUUUUGUCAUUCACCCACUUACAAAUUGUGAAUAACUUAAUAGGGAUUACACAUCUUAUUAAUGACUUUAUUCUAAAAGGGCACAGUGAUAUUUAAAUGUUGUCUUGAGCCAUUUUGUCAUCCGACAAAGACUGUAUUGAGCUGCUGGGAGAGACAGGAACACGUUAUUCUACCCUAUGAUACCAAUUCUAAAACCUGCUUGUUGCACAGAAAGCAGCCUCC